GGCGCAAGCGCAGUGCUAAAUAGCGGUGGAUUUGGGGGCGUGGCGAGAGCGAGCGAGCGAGAGAGAGAGAGAGAGAGAGAGACGAAGGGGAAUCGGCAGAGUUUUCCUGUUUGGAACAUCGGCCGAUCUGCGAGGGAGGAAGGAAAUCUUGCGGGUGGUGCCAUGGCGACCACCGUUACUACACAGCGGGGCCCGGUAUAUAUUGGCGAACUUCCUCAAGAUUUCCUUCGUAUCACCCCAACGCAGCAGCAACAACAAAUCCAAUUAGAUGCUCAGGCAGCUCAGCAAUUACAAUAUGGAGGAGCUAUGGGUACUGUUGGGAGACUGAGUGUCACUGUAGUGCAGGCAAAAUUGGCAAAAAACUAUGGCAUGACGCGCAUGGAUCCAUACUGCAGAAUACGACUUGGUUAUGCCGUCUAUGAAACGCCCACUGCUCAUAAUGGAGCCAAAAAUCCUCGAUGGAACAAAGUUAUUCAGUGCACUGUUCCUCCUGGGGUGGAUUCUUUCUAUCUUGAAAUAUUUGAUGAGAGAGCUUUUUCAAUAGAUGAUCGCAUUGCUUGGACCCAUAUUACUAUUCCUGAGUCACUGAAACAAGGAAAAGUUGAAGAUGAAUGGUAUAGCCUGAGCGGAAGGCAGGGAGAUGACAAAGAAGGAAUGAUUAACCUGGUCAUGUCCUACACGUCUUUACCAGCUGCUAUGAUGAUGCAGCCCCAGCCAGUGGUCCUGAUGCCAACAGUAUAUCAGCAAGGAGUUGGAUAUGUACCUAUUACAGGGAUGCCUGCUGUUUGUAAUCCAGGCAUGGUACCUGUGGCAGUUCCUCCACCUGCAGCCAACCCUCAGCAUGUAUGUAAUGAAGAGGAUCUAAAAUCUAUCCAGGACAUGUUCCCCAACAUGGACAGAGAAGUAAUCCGUUCAGUACUAGAAGCUCAGAGGGGGAACAAGGAUGCUGCUAUCAAUUCCUUGCUUCAAAUUGCAGAAGAGGCUUAGAUCAUUCUCAUACUGCCCUUCAUUGUUACCUUUAAUUUUGAUUUGCCAAGCCAGGAAUUUAGUCAAAAAAAAAAAAAAAUUCCCAAGCAAGCAACCUAUCUGAGAGGCUGUAAUCCAUUUUUGUCAUGGGUGGUCAUUGGAAUAUUGGUUUUUACAGAUAAUCUUACAGAAAUCUCAGCCAUUUUAUAGCUGUCACUUCUACCCUGUUCGCAUUUCUGAUGAAAGGUAGUGUUGAAAUACCACUACCAAUUCCCCUCCCCCUUUUUUUGUUUGCUUUCCGAAACCAACAACUUUCUCCCCCACUUGUAUGCAUUAUGCAUUUGGAAGUCCGGGAGUAGGGUGAAUAUCAAUUGAGGGAUGAGGGAGACUGCUGUUCUACAAAGUGCUUUUAUUAAAAGCAAUCUGUCUCUCAAGCAAUCCCUUCCUGUGAGACAAAAAGUGAUCACACAGCGCCCUUUGCCUUGUUUAGUGAUAUUUGAACAUUAAAGCAAAUUGUAAUACUUGCUACUACAGGGAUACUAGCUUUGUUUCAACUUUCACAGUUUUACUAAUGAGAGACCACUUUCCAAUCUACUCAUUGGGCACCAAUGCAAUGUAUUUAUAAUUUUUAAUUUGCUGUGUUCCUAACUUACAAUCAGUCCUUUUGCAAGAGACAGAAACAUACAGGUAGUUUUUGGGUUACAAGCAUUUCUUCAGCAGCCAUUCAAAAUUAUGACAGUGUUGAAUGAGGGGGACUUAUGAUGGGUCCUUGAGGUUGUGGCCAUCGCAGCAUUCGGCAGUCACAUGAUCACCAGCUUCCCACAAGCAAAGUCUGGGGAAACUGGCAGGAGAUCACAAGUUACUCUUGCAAGUCAUUUCUGCUGUCCCCACUUUUUCUUCCAAGCAACCCCUGGGCGCAUGAAGAUCUUAUACUCCAUCUCCCACCACAUCCGCCAACCUGCAUUCCAUAGUACCCACGUAGAGCACCUGCCUACCUGCACUCUGUAGCGCCCACCCAAACCACAAGCUUGCCCAUAGCGUUUGUCCUUUGACUGCUUGCUUGGGAUGCCAUUUCAGUGCCUCUUUCCAUAUCACGGUCAUGUGAGGUCCUUGCUUACCAGCUGAAAUUGCUGUUGCUAAGUGAUGCAGUCACAUGUGUCCCAUUUUAUGACCGUAUUUCUUAAUGGCACAAUUGCUAUCGCAACCUGAAGACUACUUGUAUGCCAAAAGGGGACAGAAAUCUUCCUGGUGUGUUUUUAUGCUUGUUUGCUCCUAUAUUUGUGAGAAACCCAUAAAAUUGAAGCAGUAGAAGGUUAUACUGUAGAAAUUCAGCAUUACCAAUGUAAUAUACUCCUUGUGAUAAACAAUAAUGCUUUGAAAAGAAACAUACCUUGUCGGGAUGAAAUCUGAUCUUUCUUUUUUUUACCCUUUUGACAAUUCAUUUUAAGGUAUAAUAUUUCAAUGGAAUAUUCACUGUUCCAAGGUUUCAUAAGAUUCCAUUUAACCUUAAUUCUAUUAAAAGCAAAAGAUACGAAAAAAAUUCAUUGCCACAAAUGAAGACAUGCCACAUUUAGAGUACAAUCCCAAUAUACAGAAGCUGUACAUAAUUUUCUAUUAGAGUUGUAGAUCUGUUGGAGGUAACAAAGUUUAUAUUUGUUUAAAGUUGGAAAAAGUGAAAUAAUGCACUUUAAUAGACACAUUUUACAUGCUAUUUGAGUUUUUUAAAAUUGUUUUAAACAUUUUUAAAUGCUGUCUAUAAUUGCCAGACAUACUUUGUAUUUCCUAAAGUGUUUGAAGACAAUAAGGCAUCAAGGUGAUCAUUUUUAUUGCUUUGAAAGAAGAAAAACCUCAUUAUUUCCUGCUUUUUUUUCUCUCUAAUAGAAAAGAUCUAUUAGAAUAGCUUUAUUGUAUCAUCAUGAAAACUCCUGGCAGAGCUAGCUAUAGUUAAAAUAUUUAUUUUUUUAAUUGUUAAAAUAUAUUGAGAAAAUAAUUUUAAAUACCAUAUCAGAUCCAUUUAUUGAUUUGUUUAAGUUCUAGCUAUUUUAUUCUCAUAGGUUUAAUAGAUUGGUAUUUGUGAAUGCUAAAUCAGUCCUUUCCUCUUCUGUUGCUUUUUACAUGAAAUAAGUGCUUUUCAGAAGCUCCAGAAGAGGUAUGUGUCCAUCUAAAAAUCAAGUGUGUUUCUUUCUCCAUAGUUUGCAGUACUGUCAGAUUAAUGUUACAGUUAAUGUCAGUCAUAUAUCAGUAAUACAUUGGUGAAUUCUUGUGAAUUUGUUUAGCUAAGACCCUUAAGAUAUUUUAUUAAUUAGAAGCAAGGAGCCAAAAGUCUGGAAUACACCAUAAUACUAUCCCAGUGGAAUAACGUGAGCUGCAUAAUAUGGCUAUGCAGAUUUUUCAGUGAUGCUUCACUUGUGAAUGAAGUGUCUUUUUGGAUCAGGAGGUGAGCUUCAGCUGAAGCUUUGGCACAGAUACAUCAUGUACCUUCCAAAGUCUUGUGUUUGCAUUUUUACAGAUAGUUGGCACAUUGAUUUUGACUUCUGGAUAUUUGUUGAACCUCAAAGCCUCUGCUGCUUUUUUAUGUAUGCACGGUCCACAUCCAGAGAGAUUUCUGAAGAGUCUUCAUAGCUCUUAUUACAAAAUUUAAAGAAAGUUUAGACCUAUUUCUAGAUGUUUAAGUUUACUCAGAGAUAAGACAGUGAGGAAGGUUUUAAAGAACAUGUCAGUGUUCUUGCUCUUUUUGAAGUUAAAUUAAUCCACAUUCAGAUAGAUCCAAUGGUUGGUUUGGUUUUCUUGCUAAUAGGUUUAUUCACAGAAAUCUGAUCAGCAGUUUUCCACUGACGAGGAUAUUUUUAGAAGAAUUUUUAGAAGAAUUCCUCUCAUUUUUCCAGAGUACUUAUUUGGAAGGGGUAAAGGAUCUGGAGGUUGCAGAGAAGGAAACUGGCAGAGACCCUGGCUCUCACUUUGCCAUUCAGCCAAUAGGAAAGCUCUGCUGGAUGAAAAGCUUUCCAAUGACAGAGUGUCAAUUCUCAAAAGAGUAGGAUGCAAGCAUUGUUACAAUUACAUCUGUGUUUUUGUGUUCAUUCCUGGAUGUACUUUGAUUCUAUAAACAAAGUUGGAAAUUCUUCCCAUGGAUUUCAUUGAGAUCCUGCAGUCCUGAGUGAAGUUGGGAUACAGAUUUCUGAGAUAUAGAACUGAAAUGUACCAGUUAUCUACCACUUAGAGUAAAUGCUAGGCAGCAAAAACUCCUUGCAUUUUUCAUCAUCUUCUUUGUGACAGCAGUUUGUUACACAAUCCGCAGCAUCUCUUCACAGCCCAGAAGCUGUGUUAAAAGUCUAAUGUGCGUUGACAGUAGCUUUAAACUCACCAAGAAUCCAAGACUAGUUAAAUUCAGGAACAUUUUGCCCAGCUAGAUGCUUGCCACCUUUUAUUCAAUUCUGUCUGACUGUGCUGAUGAUUCUAAGCGUUUCCCUUUCUAGAUAUUAUUGCCUGUGUUGGCUGACCUGUAAUGCUGUACUGAGGGUGUUUUGCUGUAAUUCUGAAAACAUUUCUUUAUUAUUCUUAUUCAUAUUCAGCUGUUUGCAUUAUACAACUUAUUUCCCAUUCUAUCUAAUUUAAUAAAUGUAUAUCAAAUCA